CAAUCGUUUAUUAUUAAUGGUGACGUGUAUUUAAGACAUUCAAAAUGUUGAAAUUUAUGUUAAGUUUAAUAUUUUUAAGCUGUUUCGCGUUUUCAGUGAAUGCUGGUGGCAAUACUCUAGUGUUAUUAGAUAAUUUAGUAAUAAGAGAAACACAUUCGAUAUUUUUUAAGUCAUUACAAGAUCGAGGAUUCACGUUAACAUUUAAAUCCGCUGAUGAUCAAUCACUUGUGCUAACCAAGUAUGGAGAAUAUUUGUAUGACAAUUUAAUAAUAUUUGCACCUUCUGUGGAAGAGUUUGGUGGUGCUUUGAGUGUUGAAACAAUUACCGAAUUCAUAGAUGAAGGUGGUAACUUAUUGGUUGCUGCAAAUGUGAAUGCCGGUGAUGUUCUAAGAGAAAUUGCAUCAGAAUGUGGGUUCGAGCUUGAUGAAGAAGGAGCGUAUGUCAUUGAUCACCAUCAUUUUGAUGUGUCUGAUGAAGGACUUCAUACAACAAUUGUAGCAUCUCCAGAAAAUCUAAUAAAUGCUCCAGUGAUCGUUGGUUCAAAGAAAAAUUUACCACCAUUAUUAUAUCAAGGAACUGGAAUUCUAGCUGAUCCAGAGAAUCCAUUAGUUCUUCCAUUAUUAACAGCUGAUAGUACUGCAUAUAGUUACAUACCAAAUGUUCCCUUAAAAGAGUAUCCUCAUGCUGUUGGAAAGAAUGUCGUAUUAAUUGCUGCUUUACAAGCCAGAAAUAAUGCUCGUGUUGUUUUCAGCGGAUCAUUGGAUUUCUUUUCAGAUGAAUAUUUUACUUCGUCAGUUCAAAAUGUUCAAGAUCCAGCAAAAACAGUUUAUCCAAAAUCUGGAAAUGAAGAAGUUGCUGUAGCAAUUAGCCAAUGGGUAUUUAAAGAGCAUGGUGUUUUGAGAGUGUCAUCGGUUAAACAUCAUAAAGUAGGUGAAACUACGCCACCAAAUGCAUACACAAUCACCGAGGAUGUCAUAUAUCAAAUUAAAGUGGAUAAAUUAAUUGAUGGUGUAUGGAAGCCAUAUGAUGCAAACGAUAUUCAAUUAGAAUUCGUACGUAUUGAUCCAUUUGUACGGACCACAUUAAAACAUCUUUCUGGUGGUAUUUAUGAAGCACGAUUUAAGAUUCCUGAUGUUUAUGGUGUUUAUCAAUUUAAAGUUGACUACGAUCGUAUUGGAUAUACACAUUUGUAUAACACUACGCAGGUGUCCGUUCGUCCAUUAGAACAUACACAAUAUGAACGAUUCAUUCCAAGCGCAUAUCCUUAUUAUGUAAGUUCAUUUUCAAUGAUGUUCGGUAUGUUUGUAUUCUCUUUUGUUUUCCUCAACUACAAAGAAGAUGUACCAAAAGGAAAGAGUGAUUAAAACAAGUUUUAAAUCAAAUCAAAUUUUACAAUACAUUUCUUUUUUUUUUCUUUUUUGUAAAUAGUCACAAAUUCUUGUAAUAAAAGUAUCACAAAUAAAUCGUAAUAAACAUACACAAUUUUCAUCUGUG